UUAUGGAAACCAAAACUAAUGUAUUCGGGUAUUGACGGCGCCCCGGAUAUCACCACGGGUCUCUGAAACGUACAUGGUAUUGAAGUCGACUUAACAGUAUCAUUUGGCAGAUACAGUUUUGCUUAAGCAGUACCAUGGCAACCGGAAAAUUCACGUGGUUUGUCGUAAUGGCGUUCAGCACUGUUCUCGUUUCACAGGGUAGCUGUGACGGCCCAAUAUACAGAGUGACAACAAUAUUGCACAAGCCUUACCUCGUCAGUCAAAAUCCCAUGAAGGGAUACGUCCCGGACUUGCUGCAAGAAAUAUCGGCACUCUCUAACGCGACUUUCAUCCUUAAUCACGUCGCUGACUAUAGAUUUGGAACUCUGAACCCGGAAGGAGAUUGGAAUGGGAUGAUUGGCGAACUCACUUCAAACAAAAGCGACAUAGCUGCAGCUGCGUUGACAUUGACCGUAGAAAGGUCACGUCAUGUACACUUUUCGCACCCGUUUCAAGAAGUGUCUUUGGGGAUUUUAGUGAAGAAACCAUCUAUGGACAUUCUAACGAAACUCGUGAAUGAUGAUGCUGCUCUCUUCUUUCGGCCGCUAACUGCUGGGGUAUGGAUAUCAGUGGUCGUUGGUUUUGUCGUAGUUGGCAUUGUGCUCUACGUCAUCGGAAGGUACAGCCCUAUACAGGAGGAGCAGACAGAAGGCGGAGUUCUGUGGGCACUAUGUAUCACAUGUGCUAUAGCUUCGCUACAAGGAAUGCGACAUCUGCCAGUGGCAUUCUCCGCCCGUGUCCUCGUAUCCUGUGCCCUGUUCUUUACGCUAAUACUGGUGUCCAUGUACUCCGCAUCACUAGUUGGGUUCGUUACGGCAAAGACCGGCAACAACAACGUUCCAUUCAACACAUUCAGAGGCCUAGCGAUGCAGUCAGAGUACCAAUACGGCACGAUGGGCGGAGGCAGUACUUACAGUUUCCUUACAACCUCCAAAGGAUCUACAGAACAGAAAAUGGCAGCGUACCUUAAAAGUAAUCCUUUAAAUAUCAUGAGUAAUACGGCGACAGGAGUUGCUCGAGUGAAAAAAGGAAAGUAUGCUUUCAUUCUCGAGUCGGCAUCUGCCGAAUAUAUCGCCUCGACGUCAUGUGACUUGAUGGUUGUAGGGGAUAAUCUGAGAGAAAGGACCUACAACUUUGCCUGUCGACAAAACACCAACAUUUGUGAUCAACUCAAUAUAGCCAUUUUACAAUUGAAAAUGAACGGGCGUCUUGAAGAGCUCAGAAAAAAAUGGUGGAAUGGAAAGUGUGGCACCUCCUCACCAACACCAAUGGGGACAUCUGAUGGAGUAACGGAUAAGGGUACUCCAAUAGAUAUAAAGCGUUUUACCGUUCCAUUGAUACUGCUGGUGACCGGGGUAGUGCUGAGUAUUGUGAUGCUUCUAAUGGAGAUAUAUCUUCCAAAAGUCGCAGGGCAAUUCCACACAAAGAGGAUGUCUGAUGACACCCAAGGCUUCUCUGGACAGAUGCAUUCCUGAUCGGAACUCCUCUUCCGCUUCAUACGCUUUAUCGUUGUCUCGAGAUUUAUCGAGAUCCCUCAGUAUCUGGUGAUCUGAGCUGUACUAAAGUGAAGAUCUCCUUCGAAUUAUUGAGCUGUCAGUAUGUUGACGAAUUAUUGAGCUGUCAGUAUGUUGACGAAUUAUUGAGCUGUCAGUUUGUUGACGCUAGCUGUCGACGAUAUCCCUUUUAGUUCAUUUAGACUAGUAAUACAUGAAUAAUCAAAUCAUUUUAAAGCAUUUUUGCAUCAAUAUUUAUGUUGUAUUUUCUUUUUUUUAAGAUGGUUAAGAAAUGAUAUUAAUAAAUUAAAUAAUACUCUACCA